AUGCCAAUGCAUCAAAAAAAGCUAAUCAAGAACCAUUUUGUUCUUGGAUUUAUUCCAUUUGGCGGAAAUUUUAAUGAGUUUAUGGUACCAUUUGUUUCAGAAAUAAAAAAAUUUGAGAAAGGAAAGAUUAUGACUGUUCAAGAACAAGAUGCAUGGAUAAUUGCUGGGUUGGUCCUUGUUACAGCAGAUCUACCUCAAGGUAAUGAUAUGGCAGGAGUACUAAGAUAUAAUGCAAAUAAAGGUUGCCGUACUUGUACAACUAAAAAGGAAUUAUUGAGUACCUAUAAUCAGGAUAGUGUGACAAUAUUACGUUAUCAUCAUAUCACAGAUGAAGAAAUUUCAAAAAUUUCUCAAGAAUCUGUAAGUUCAAAAAGAGGACAACUUUGUACAGAAUAUGGUUUAAGAUCAUUACCUAGUAUUUUGGAUAAAUUAAAAUGUGAGAGACAUUUACAGACGCCACAGGAUAUUUAUCAUGCCACCGCAGGAAAGAUUGGGCGGCUACUAAAACUAACCUGUGAAUUAUUUUCACAAGAAGGAGAGGAUGAUUUUGUUAAAAUUUGGAAAAAUUUUGAAAUUCCAAAAAAGUGGUCUCGUCUACUAAAUUCAAUUAGUCAUUACAAUAGCUUUAUGAUGAUUGAUGUGGCUCGAAUUAGCUUAGUGCUAAAAGCUAUUAUAUCUUGUUGGGUACAAGUUGCAAAGACUAUGAAAGCAGUUUUUAAUAAGGAAUUUACAUUAGAUAGCUAUGAGGAAUUACAGCUAUAUCUUAAAGAAGAGUUUUUAAUUCUUCCAAAGGUUUUUGCAAGUUUUGUUAACUUACAAAAUAUACAUAUUAAUAUGCAUAUUUUGAUGCAUGCUAAAACUUUUGGUACACUUGUCAACUCUCAGGUUGGUAUAAAAGAGAUGGUUCAUCGUAUCUUUAAAGGAAUGAUACCAAAAACUAAUUGCAAAACUAUAGACCUGGAUUUAUUAAAAUGUUACAAUACUUUAUUUGCAAUUCGAAAUUUAGCAGAUGGAGGUAUAGAUCCAAGAUUAAAUAGAUCUUGUACUGGGUUCACAAGUUCAAAUUUUGAUCAAUUAUUUUCGAAUUGGUAUGUUACAGAAGAUAAAUAUUUAAUUGAGGAACAAAUUCAAAUGAUGACGUAA